GCCCUUGCCUUUCACCCCCUAUUAGCCCGCCCCCCGUCCCCCGCUCCACUCGCCCUUUCCUCCGCACCCCUCACCCUCAACUCACCCCUUUCAGCACGGGCGGAGGGGCAGCUGGCUUCGAUUGGUGCAUUACGCUUGCUAAGCUAAGAUUGCCUUCCCACUGCCUGAGGAAGGAAGGAAAAGCAAAAUCCCUUCUCCCAAGACGACGUUUCUCCACCGUGUUCCCGUCAAGUUUUCUUUUCCUGCUGGUUCCUCUGCUCGUUUUGAAGUCCUUUGUGAAAGAAAAUGGGGUACGAAGUUCAUGUUCUGCACACUGGUUAUUCCGGUACCACGGAUCAGGGUAUGAUUGCUAACUGCUCAUGUACCUUAAUUCGAGGAAGGCACAAUGUUAUCGUUGAUACCAUGACACCAUGGGACAAGGACAGAAUCAUUUCUGCAUUAGCUCUUCAUAAGCUUACUCCCGAUGACAUUCAGUAUGUUGUGUGCACACAUGGCCAUUCAGACCACGUUGGAAACAAUAAUUUGUUUCUUUAUGCCAAGCACAUUGUGGGGUAUUCCGUAUCAUUCAGAGACAUCUAUACUUUGCAUCCCUUUGAAGAUGGGCAACCUUUUGUCAUUGAUGAUGAUGUGAAAGUGAUUCCCACCCCGGGACACACCAACACUGAUGUAUCUGUGAUCGUACGUACUCGUGAUCAAGGAACAGUUGCUAUUGUUGGUGAUUUGUUUGAGAAGGAAGAGGAUCUAAAAGACUCCUCUAUAUGGCGUACUCUUGGCGGAUCUGAAAACCCGCGUAGUCAGGAAAGAUAUCGGAAUGCCAUCCUCCUUAUUGCUGACUACAUUGUACCUGGACAUGGACCGAUGUUUUCUGUGACAGCAGCUGUACGAGAAGAGGCAAACAAGAAGUCAACCAUCAGCACAGGUCAAGCAAACUACUUGCCUCCUAGUUUUGUAAAAUCUGGUUUCUCUUUUCCUUCUUUUUCAAGUUAUUCAGAAGGAUCAUAUGGAUCAAAGUGGGUGGAUGAUGUGUCCACAAAGAUGGACAAAUUUGAUUUGAUUGGUGGCUCUCGCCUGUCCCCUUCACGUCAUUCCCCGUCACGAGUCUCUCCUUCUCGUCUAUCCUCUCGGUGCUGGGAAGAUAAACUAAAGGAUUCAGACUUGCACAAGAGGGAUAACAAACCAGAAUCUACAUGGUCUUGCAAACCAGAUUUAUUUGGAGGGCAGUCACACUUGGAUAGCAAAUCUCUGUAUGAUUCAGGAAGUCGUUCAUUGGAUGCCCGAAUUAAUUUUGAUGAUCGCGCUCGAAGUCCCAUUAUGCGAGAAAGCAGGGCUCAAAAUCUUGAUGAUUAUUGUCCUCAGGGCACAAGAAAAUUUACUUCUGAGACUAUGCUGUAUGGUGGAAGCACUUCAAGCAUUUUGAAAUCCAAAGUGGACAGAGACUCAGAAAGGUCUUUAAUUUCUUCUUCAACUCGUAAUUUUGAUUCCUCUAAAAACAUUGCAAGUGGUGAUACUUUUGGUAUUGGGGGGCAUGGACGAUUUGAUAGACCCAUUGGGGAUGAAUCUAUGAAGAGUACUGUAGGCUUUGCUGAUUACAAGACAGAUCCGAAGUAUGGCAUUGGCAAAGACCUAUCUUUCAAGGAGAAUGAGAAGUCUGGGUUGAAAGUAAGCUUUGGCCCUCUUGCAAAAUGUGACUCCAAGGACAAAUUGUGUGGCAAUGAGAAGCCUGGUCAUAGUUUAAGUUAUAAUCAAACCUUUGGUUCUGAUAUCCGUAAACAGGAAGAUCGCUUUGGACAUGAAGAGAAGUAUGAUCAAUUCAAAUUGAAACAUGACAUGCCAGGUUACAACAACAUUGACAAAUUCAGAGAUGAAGGGAAAAAUGAAAAAUUUAAAUGGGAAUCUAGAGAUAGUGGCGCAAGGGACUGGGGCAGCCUAGAUCGCCGAGCUCCAUCGGGGGAUAAACUUGCACCAGACAUUAAAGCAAAGGAUAUUGCAGAUGUAAGGAUGUCUAUGUUCAGCGACUCUGGUUUGAAGGGUGGUACAGCCCACAGUAGUGCUGAUUCUCUUGUUCAAAGGGACGAUCGCUUUUCGAGAGUGAUUAUUUAAACCAGAAAUACAACCAUACUAAUUAAUUUAAUCGAGCUUUUCUUUCUUCUAAUCAAAGCAGGUCAAGGUCUGUGGUGUUGAUUUCUUCCCACUGUCCAUUGUCUUUAAAAACACAAAAACAGGAUAUUGGCAAUGUUGCACUCUUGCAUAUGUUUGCAGUAAAACUUAUCCAUUGCCGUGAAUCUAGGAUAUACAUCUUGGGGGCAGGGAGUAUACAGAGUUGUUUUGAUGCAACAUGUCAAUUGCUUAUGUAGUCCAUUAUGAUGACAUGUGGCUUUUCCCUUAUCACAUUUAUUGAAGCACUUAUAUAACACAUGCACUUCUGACUGGUGUCUAGUCAGCAAUAACCAUUGCAUGGUGUAUUCUAGUUACUAUAUUAGCUUUUGAUGUAUUUGAGAAGUCAGGCUCUUAUAAUCAUUUUCUUUAUUUCUGUAUGAUUUUUUUAAUGCCGUUUUUGGCAAAGGAGUGUGGGAAACUUCUUUCCCAUUUUAUCCUUCUUUGUGAUGCAUUCCAAUCUAGUCAUAUUAUAUUGAGGGAUGAAGUUUCCUGAAUUGUUAAUCAAAUGUCUUUAAGAAAUCAACCGUUUACCUGACAGUAUGUUUCUUUUACUUUUUGUUAUUCAACUGUUGAUGUUGGAACUUUUCUAUGAUAAAGUUAAAAUCUCACUGACCAUAAUAUAACAGCAUGUCAGUGUUUUUAAGAUGAUCAAAUGAGAACAAUAUUCUCUGCUGACUUUUUGAGCUCUGAUCCAGUGGAUGCAGUCCGUAAAGUAGAGCCAGAGUCCCAUACUUAAUGCAUUUGAGUCACCUCUAAAGUGCAGUUUGACAAUUGUUGUAUGGUUUGUUUGUACAUUGAUAGUUUGUUGUAGAUUUGUUGAACGACUUUAAAUAGCAUAGAUCUUAGUGCAGGCACCAAUUUUUACUUUGGGAAUAUUCUGAUGUUAACUUGUUAUCCUAUAUUCAACAAAUAAUUAACGUGUCUGUUGUGUUUUCUGUUUCAGCCAGUGUCAUUCCUGGGACUGAUGUCUGAAAUGGCUGCUGAUAAUUUGUUUCAAGUACUCCCUUGUCAAAUAUAUUUGUUUAAUUUU